UGAGCUGCAGUGGUUGUGUGAAUGAAGCCUGAGGUGUGGGGGUGAUGCUGCACUGUGGCACACUCUGAAGUUGUGGACUGUUUAAGUGUCACCGGGACAUGUUGGAUGGCAGGGGACUAUUUACUGCACAUGAUCCGACCCCCAGUUUGGUGAGUGAAGAUGAUUCCUGUGCUGAUCUGCGCUCUGAUCUCACUGAGUGUAGCAGACAACGACUUAAACACCCUGUACCCUGAACUGGAGCUCUCGAGAACCAUCUAUGUCGUAGAGAAUGGCCCUCAACUCUCAGUGGUGGCAGAACAAUCAAAGGUGGUGUCCCGGCGGGGGGGGAACGCUACUUUACCAUGCAAGAUCCAAAGGGACCAGUCGCUGGCACCCAGUCGGAAGAUGAGGAUCAAGUGGACCAAGCUGACCUCAGACUACCUGAAAGAGGUGGAUGUUUUUGUAGCAAUGGAUCAUCACAAAAGGAGUUACGGCAGUUUCCACGGACGUGUCCACCUACAAGGCUCCUCUCCUCUGGGCUCCCUGGUCAUCACAGAAAUCACCCUGGAGGAUUAUGGGAAAUAUAAAUGUGAAGUUAUUGAUGGGCUUGAAGACGGAACAGUGGUGGUGUCUCUUGACCUUGAAGGUGUUAUCUUCCCCUACUACCCGCGCCUGGGUCGUUACAACCUCAAUUUCUACAACGCUGAGAAGGCAUGUCGUGACCAGGACGCCAUCAUAGCGUCCUUUGACCAGCUGUAUGAUGCGUGGCGAGGAGGGAUGGACUGGUGCAACGCUGGCUGGCUGAGUGACGGCACGGUCCAGUAUCCCAUCACCACCCCCAGAGAACCCUGCGGAGGCAAGAACACAGUGCCGGGCAUUCGCAACUAUGGCCUGAGAGACAAAGAGAAGAACCAGUACGAUGUGUUCUGCUUCACCUCCCACUACAAAGGUCGGUUCUACUACCUGAUCCACCCCUCUAAGUUAACAUAUAACGAGGCGGUCGAGGCGUGUGAAAAAGACGGUGCUCAAAUUGCCAAGGUCGGCCAGAUGUACGUCGCCUGGAAGCUGUUGGGCUUUGACCGCUGCGACGCCGGCUGGUUGGCUGACGGCAGCGUCCGCUAUCCCAUCUCCCGCCCCCGCCGGCGCUGCAGUCCCACAGAGGCUGCUGUGAGGUUCAGCGGCUUCCCCGACAAGAAGCAUAAGCUGUACGGCGUCUACUGCUUCAAGGGCCGCAACUGAGCUGCAAACACACACAUACACACACAUAAGCAUGCACACACACACACUUAUACACUAGUGAACACACUAGCGAAGUGAAAAAGAGACAGAGGAACAAACACAUUCAAAAUGUGAUGCUUUAUGUCAUGGAAACCUUAAGACAUUGUUGUCAGACAGUCAUGUUGUUGCUUUGUAAUCUAGGACCUGAUACUCUACGAGGGAUAGUUUACACAUAUUUAAGGUUCAUAUUAUUUAAUCAAUGCCUUUGAAGGGGGUGGGUGGGUUAUUUUGGGGGGUGGGGGAUGGAGGAUAUCACAACUACAGCCAUACUGUCAUUCAAGAACGGACUAGGCCUGUCAUAUAACAAAGAACAGCCUGAACUGAGUUUAACAGCAUAACAACUCGUGGUUGGACGGAUACUUUGGGCACUUAUCUUGUCUUAUUCAGGACCUGGAACAACAAGAAACCAUGAUGAAAACACACGAAAAGAAAGCAAGUUUAAAUCCUGUGAUACCUGUCAGGUAGGAAUACAAGCCUAGCACAACUAAAACCGAUUUUUGCUGUCCAUACUUAACAAGGUGCUACGACUGGUACUUUGUACUUCAUCUUACUGUCUAGUAUUUUAUGUUUUUAUACAGAUGUGUUGGACCAAACAUCAGACUCAUCACUAAAAUGAAUAAGGAAAAGCAACUUCCAACUGUUAGCAUUGUUUAUGUUUUCUAAGUAGAAAUGUUAUUAUGUAGAAAUGUAUUUCUGUUUACGACAAUUUUUUGAUAUACUAUAGAAAUAUUUACAUUAUUAUUUUUUGUCUUUUUUGGCCAAACUAUCCAAGUCUCUUUGGUUUACAUAUAGCAUAACAUAAUGACAGUGGAAAAAAUAAUACAGAACUCCACAAUACUAAAAAAAAGGUAUGAAUUUUGCACUGCACAUAUAGAAGAUGCCUAAAGUUGGAGGAGACAAGGCAAACAGUAGUUCAGCAAUAGAAAAUGCCUGGCAUAAAUAAAAACAGCGAUGUGCUGCAGAGUCACUGCACAAGCUCGGUUUUACAGUGAAGUAGACCUUUGUGGCUGUAUCUCUAUGUUUGGCUUGAUCUUAGACUUCAGAGCAUGACUUGGCUUCUGCAGGCACACAGCAAAGCAGUGUAGAUCUACACUAACUGCCUAUGUAGCGCCUUGAUAAACUGCUAUUUUUGAUACAAAUACUGUAGUUUCUUAUAGUGAAUGAGCAGAGCCACGGCUCCAUGACUCUGUCUCAGGUGGUUCCCUACGCAAACCUUUCAGGAGAAGUCGAAAAACUUUACAAUUAUUUUUUAAACCUCUUGUUAUCCAGCAGUGGUAGUGGCCACCGCAGUGUGUGGAAGCUUUGGAAACAAUUGGUCAGUGGUAAAAAAUAUUUGUUGACAAGGAAACAAAAUUAAUGCGAAAUAAAAGCUUUGAAAACAAAACUAUGACAAAAGGUAUCACAAUAUUCGUCAGAGAAUAAAAUCUCAACAAUAAGUAGAAAUACGGGCCUUUAUUAAUUAAUAUUUUAAUGCUCACACACGAUAGCUCCACCGAACAACUAUGGAAGAUGUGUUAGCUGCUUUACCUUUCGCACUAAAAAGCAGUGAUGUUACUUAAGAUGAACAAGUUUACGGAGGAAAGAUUUUACAGAAUUAUGGACAUAUUUAUCCACAGGAUGGGCUACUGGUAGGAAUGAGUGCAAGAUUAAUCGGCUAAAUCUUCCUCUAGAUGUUCACUCAAGAAAAAAAUACGUUGAUCUGACAUUUUAGCUGCUCGUCUAAAGCUGAUGUAGACAAGAAAGUGAGCGACUCUAAUCAGACAGUCCAGAGUUGUAUGUCGACUGUAUUCUGAUGGAGACUGCAGAGAGCAACAUUGUGUGCGUAAACCAUUACAGUCUGCUUCAAACAGCGCCUAUAUAUCACUACGUAGCAAAGAUCGCGACAGCUGUAGCCUCAUGGUUGGUUCAGUCAAAAAGCGUUUCUGUUUUUUGCCCCAAACAGCUAAUGUGCCAACUGUACAGAAGUUAGCUGUAAGCUAGCUUGCACUGAUUGUAUCUGUCGGAGUGUGAACUCAGCAGAAACUCCGGUUCUUUCUGUUAUUUCCCUUCAGUCUCUCUGCAUUUUCCUUUCGUCUCUGGACGUUUAUGAAGCAGAAAGCUCUGCGAUUAGUUGAAGUGUAAGGGGAGUUGAAACAUUUUGAAUUGGCGUCUUCGCCUUGUCAAUUUUUUCUGUACAAUCUAAAAAGUUCUGUCUGAACCUUUAUGCAGUCUAUGGUCUGAACCCACCGUCAGGAUGUCCAGAAGACAUAAAAAUUAGGAAGCGAUGAUGAAAGUGAGACACAAAGUUAUCACUCUAUAUCUAAAAUAUCUUUAGUAUUUGUUGCCUAAAACCAAGAAUAAUCAAAUAACUAAACUCUGACUAAAACAUAUGUAGAUUUUCGGCAGUCGAGAUCAUGAAAAUGCCACUUCUGGAUAACACGUAACAGAUAAGACGUUGAUUUCUCCCGUGAGGUUUGUGUACAGAUUGCUGAGGUCACAAAUGGGACUAAGCCAGGCCCUGAGUGAGCACGGUUUUUCCUGGCAGUGACUGGCUCCCUGAUUGCUAUCUAAGCUCUGCAGGACUAAGCUCUGAACCGGCCGACCUGCCUUGGACCCAGCGGGCCUGCAGCCAACCUGCUGAAUGAGACAGAAAUACAAUACAAUACAAAAUACUGAUAAUUCCUGCGCGGAGGCACUAAGGGCUUCUUCAUGUAAGGGUCUCAGAGUAAAUGGUGCACAUUGAUCAAGUGUAAGCUCACUGCGUACAGUCUCCACUGGUUGAGGUCACCCACCGGAGCCUGGUGCACGGUUAGCUUUACUUGGCUCCACGUUUGACAAGCCACUUAACAAUCAAGAGUCCUGCUACAUUUAUCACUGAAGAACUGCUGGACAGACUCAUAAAAAUAGCUUUCUGUAAUGAUUAGCUUUAGGCAAUGUGGCAAAUAAAAAUGGGGAUUUUACAGAACAUCAGCUGUGAUAUAAACACUUACUGAAGAGUCUUCUGCAGUGUUGCAAACCUAAAAGAUUUCUUCUUUUUAACUUGUAUUAUUUGUUUGUUAAAGGAAUAGUUUGAUAUUUUGUGCUGUGCAACCUUUCAGAAAGACUGAAGAAGUCACUGCCUAUUGUAAGCGCUCAAUUCCCCUACAUUUCUCUGUGUACGGAUUAAAGACAUGAGAAAGUGUUUAUUAGGGAAACUUAGAGAUGCAGAUUGACACUCCUCUCAUAUCUGUCCGUUAAAUAUAAGGCUACAGCCAGCAGCCGAUUAGCUCAGCUCGGCUCUGUCUACUGGUAACACAAUCCAUGUAAAGCUCACUAAUUAUGGUUGGAGGAUUUUUAAAAUUUCAUAUUUAGCAGACAUGAGACGUUUGAAGCUUCUCAUCUAAAUGUCAAAGCGAUAUUUUCCCAAAAUGUCAAACUAUUCCUUUGAAGUUAAAGACACCUCAAAUCUGUUGCCUUUUAUUUUGUGUAUAAUCUGAGGAACUUUGCCGAUCAGGAGCCUUGUUAACCGCAACAUACAAGGAAACCUUGAGGACCCAAAGACAAAAGGACAAUAAAACAAAAGUACAUAAACCAUGA